AUGAUGAUAAGAGAGAAAUUAAAUUUUUUGAGCGUCUUUUUUUUGGUAAUUUUUUUUUAUGUGCACAUAACAAUAUCAGAAUGUAAAUCCGAUUUUAUAGAAUUAAACAAUAAUUAUGUAGAAGGCAUAAUAAAGGCGAAAUUAGAUAUUUUAGCCGAAAGUACUGUGUAUUUGGAUUCAGAUAUUUUUGUUAAACCGCGAGCCGACGGUUAUUUUAUUUUUACUAAUGUAAAAGAAGGAAUAUAUGAUAUAUUUGUUAAUCAUCCAUAUGUUGAAUUUAACAAAUUUCAAGUUGAAGUAAAAAAAAGUAUAACAAAAAAUAAUGAUAAAAUAUAUAUAGUAAGAGCGUAUGAAUACAUAUCUCCAUUUGAGAAAAAUAAUUUAAUGGUGACACAAAUUGUUUUUGAAGUUAAUAGCAUUUUUGAAUUCCUUGUCCCUAAAAAGACUUUUUAUUUAUUUAAUAUAUUAAAAAGUCCAAUUUUUUUAAUUUUUUUAUUUUCCUUAAUUUUAUUAAGUGUUUUACCGAAAAUGCAAAAAUUACAAGAAGAAGUAAAUGAAGAAUCUACGAACACCGUCACAUAUAAAUCUGGUUUUAUCGAAUCUGUUAAAUAA